AUUUUAUGUUUUGUUGGUGGUCGAGGAGGCGAGUCUGUACAAGUGCAAACUCCGCCACAGCGUUUCUUUACCACAACAGAAACCGAAUCCCGAACUCGUCCGUUGACGAUGAGCACCUAUCAGAACAGUUCAACGGCCAGCCAGCCAUACUCAGAUCCGACACCAUUGCCAGCAAAUGUCCCAAAAGUAAACGAACUCGGCGUAACAAGUGCGCCGCUCAAGUCGGCGGCAUUUUUCCUGGGGGCUUACUGCAAGGAAUACAAUGAGGAUUUCAUGCUCUGCAAGCAAGAGAACAGAGAUCCAGGACACUGUCUGAAGGAAGGUCGCCGGGUGACGCGCUGUGCAACAGAAUUGAUAACCAAGAUGCGGGAAAACUGUCUAGAACAGUUUGACGCACACUGGAACUGCCUAGAGUUGAACAACCAGGAAUACUAUCCCUGUCGUAAGCCUGAACGCACUCUCAACAAGUGUAUGUUCGAGAAGCUGGGCCUGACGAAAGCGAUACCUGGCUCACCAAAGGGCCAGAAAGCUAUACACGAGGUUGAGAAACCUGUGUUCACGACUGUCCAGCGGUGAAGAUCGUUAUUUAGGGAGCACGUGUAUUCCCGUAGAUAUAAUGCAAUCGUUUAUCCUGGACCGCUGUUUUAUUAAAGUGCAUGAUAGAUAGUUUAUCAUACUGACUGAACUGCAACCGAUCUGCUUUCAAAAGUAAAC